AUGCGUAUUAAAAUUUCAAUUCACAUAAACUCCAAUCUUUUUUCAGAAAAAACUGCUCAAAAUACAUCAAAUGUUCUUCUCAGAGCAUUAAGUACGAUUCCACAACCACCAUAUGCGGUUUGGACUGAUAACGGUCUCGAAAAUAAAAGUAUAUUUCAUCAAAUUUUAGUUGAUCGCGGAAUUGAGCACAUCUUCAUACAGCCAGGCAAUCCACAAGCAAACGGCAAGAUUGAAAGAUGGUGGCCGUACGUAGAAAAAAUUGUCGGUCUGAAUCAGAUUUACCAAGAGUGA